AUGGCUUUCAUAGCUGAGUGGUACGAUAAACUAGCUUGCAUAGAAAAACCCUUUAGAUUUAUUUUCUAUCCAAUUGAAAAUGCUCUUGAAAUAAUUGAUCUCAAAACGAAGAAGCUAUUUUUAAAGAAAAUUAAACAUGAUGCAAUAACUUUACAAGAUCUCUACAUAGGAAAUACUCUUGAUGUUUAUGGAAGGAGAUUCAAAAUAGUGGAAUUCGCCGAUUAAGUAACUAAAGAAAUGCUAUUCUCAAAAAAAGAACGAACCUUUGCUAUAAUUAAACCAGAUGCUUACACAAACAUUGGAAAAAUUUUAGAUAUAAUCCUAAAUAAUGGAUUUCAGAUUAAUAGAAUGCUUAUGCUUCGCUUAAAUGAAGAAAUGGUACAACUUCUUUACCCAGAGCAAGCACUAAAGGCGUAUUUUAGAGAGCUCUAAAGAUUUCUUACCUCUGAUUUAGUAGUUGGACUUGAAUUAGUUGGGGAUAAUUCGAUUGAGAGACUAAAAGCCUUAGCAGGAAGUGGAAAUUCCUACUCAUUGGGAACUGGUCAAGAUAGAAGCACUAUUAGAGCAAUUUUCGGAUCUGACGGUCUAAAGAAUGCUAUUCAUGUUGCUUAAGAUGAGCAGAGGUACAAGUCUGAAAUUGACAUCUUCUUCAAUGAUAAGUAUAAAUACUGUCAACCUGCAAUCUUAAAUAACUGCUCCUUAUUGUUGAUAAAGCCUCAUGUCAUCCAGUCUGGCUAAGCUGGUAGAAUCAUAGACAGAGUGCUUGAAGAGGGGUUUGAAAUCAGUGCAAUGCAAACAUUUUUCCUUGACAGAGCAACUGCUGAAGAGUUUUUUGAAUUAUACAAAGGAGUUCUACCUGAAUACUCUCUAAUGAUAGAUUAAAUGGUCAGUGGUCCAACUAUCGCCCUAGAGGUUAGGCAAGACAAUGUAAUUCAAGGUUUGAAAGCAGUAUGCGGAUGCUACGAUCCAAAGGUAGGAUUAGGGAAAGGAGAGUAGAACACAUUAAGAUAACUGUUUGGAAUAGAUAGAGUAAGAAAUGCUGUUCAUUGUACAGAUGUCAAGGAAGAAGGUGUCCUUGAAUGUGAAUACUUCUUCGUUUUAAUGCAAGAGAGGAAAACUCAAUGA